UGGUGACAACUAAGACCAUGGCAAUAUACAAAAGCCAAGAGCAAACAACACAUUCUGCUGGACCUGGACCUGGACCUGGACAGGGAUCUGAAGAAGGACUUGGACCUGGAUCUGAACCGGAACCUGCUCCUGAACCUGGUCCUGAACUUGAACCUGGUCCUGAACCGGAACCUGGUCCUGAACCUGGUCCUGAACCGGAACCUGGUCCUCAACCUGUGUCCAGUAACCAGCUUACUGCCUGAGACCAGAACCAGGUGUGUGAGUCUCUCUCUACCAUCAG